AUGGCCGAAGAUCCCCAACCUCUGACCCUGAAGGAACGCAUCCAAGCACUGAACGCUGCCCAUAUUGGCCGCAUUCCUGGAGAGCCGCCUCGACCCUCGUCUCAACCUCCUCCUAUUGCCGCACAGCGUCCCGUGGUGAUCAAGCAGCACAGCGUCAACAUCCCGCCGGAAAAGGUCAAUGGAUCAGUCCUUGACUCGAGGCCGGGCAAUCUGCCUGCUCCUCCACCUCCCCCUCCCGUCAGAAAGCAACCUCCGCCACUCCCCAGUCGGAAUACAUCGCGGGAAGAACAGAGGAGGGGUUCGGUAGCGUCGACCCUUUCAAGUGGCACAAAUGACACAUCUUCCACCAAGACGUCGACCAUACGGACCAAGUCGACAGAAUCGCUGAACAGAGUCAAAGCCCCAGCAUGGGGAGAAUGCCAACUGCCCGCUCUGCCGCCCCGAAACACCAACCCACAGGCUGCUACAAGAAAGUCGGACGAGCACCCCGGCUAUGCGAAUCGAGUCCCCUCGGCCACGGCUGUGGUCACGUCCGCCUUGACCCAAAAGGCCAGACCUGCUCCACCACCUCGACCCUCUCUUCCGCCGAGACGACCUUCAGCCAAACAUGAGAAUUUUCAGCAAGAGCCUGCUGCGGAUGUCCCGAUACGGAAAAUGCCUCCCAUGCCCUCUGCCGAGUCGAUAGAGAAGGCAAAGAGGGCUGCUUUCGGUUAUAAUACUCCCAAAGAACAGCAGACCGCUCAGAGACCUGUGGCGGUCAGAGAACCGGUGCAAUCGCCGAUAAGAUUACCUAUAUCUUUACCUGUGCGACAACCCUCCCUGCCUUGCCAAUCGAGGGAAAAUACACCGGUCGCACCAAGAGAUGCUGAGGUCACUCGACAGCCGCACACUCAGCCAGCUCCCCCUCCCGUUCCGGUUUCUUCGCGACCAGAUCUUUCGGCGAUACAGGCGACGAAACCAAAGUUUGCCACGCCUUCAUCCAAUGGUAGUCUGUCGCCAACCGUCGACCUCUGUUUGGUCUGUCGAGACUUUUCAGGACCCGAUCACCAAGCCACGCUCUUUCCCAGAACUCAAGUCACUUCUCUCCAGACAUUGGCCCAACAGUUGACUGCACCAUUUCCGUCGCCAACGGAUAAAGCUCGAGCGAUCUUUUCGUGGCUGCAUCACAACAUUGCCUACGAUGUCGUCAGCUUCUUCAACAACAACGUGAGAGGCUCCACGCCACAGUCAACUCUGCAGACCGGACUGGCAGUCUGUGAAGGUUACGCCGCCCUGUUCACGAACCUGGCGACCUACGCGGGCCUGGAAUCCGUCGUUAUUUCAGGCCACGGCAAAGGCUACGGGUUCAGCUCGCUCGCCCCGGGCUCGCCACUCCCACCCUACAAUGCGGGCCACGCGUGGAAUGCCGUCAGGAUCGACAACGGGGAGUGGAAGCUGAUCGACGCGUGCUGGGGCGCAGGCCACGUCCAGGGCCCAGGCCAGCCGUACGUCAAGAAAUUCCACUCGGAAUGCUUCACCAUGUCGAACGAGGAGUUUGGCAUCAAGCACUUCCCAGGCAACAAGGACCACUUCUUCCUGCCCGGCGGCCGCCGCAUGAGCUGGGAAGAGUACAUCGUGAUUGACCCGGCCAGUUGGCCGGAUAUGGUCGAGGGACCUACCAUCUUCACCAACGCCAAAGAGGACUACUCGAUCGGCGAGAAAACCGUGCACCCGCGCGCGCGGAAAAUCAACGCGCGCCAGCAGCCCGGGACCGUCGUCCGCUUCCAAUUCGGACUGCGCUGCGCGCAUUGGACGCUCGAACACCACACGCGCAAGGGCCCGCCCCCGGUCUUCGUCGUCCAGGUCGGCGGAGUCGAUGGGCGAAACAAGGAUCUGGUCCCGCUGGAGUAUUAUCCCGGGCCGGCUGGGCAGGGCGGCGAUUUGUGGUGCGCGGACAUCCCUGCCUGCGACCUAGGCGCGCCGGGCCAGACAGUCACCCUUUUCGCGAUCACGAGUUUCGGCAACAGGCAGGACUGUCGUGGGCUCAGCGUCAAAGAGUUCCGCGAGGGAAAGGGCAGGGUCGGAAUGGGUUUCACCGGCGUUGCGGCUUGGGAUCUUGUGUAA